GAUGGUUCAUUUAGUAAAUGAUGUUCCAUUUAAAGUCAAACAGACCAUAACGCGUGAUAUGCUUUAGGGCGGGGCUACACGGUGAUUGACAGGUUGCUGCCAUAGACUUUUACGGUGUUUCUACGUCACUCCUGCGCAUUCCAAAUACGAGGGCCGUAAUCCAAGAUGGCGACGGCGACUACGUCCACUUCUUCCAAACAGUCUGGUGUAAACACGACGAGGCGGCGUCGCCACGUUUAGCCGCGUCUCAUUUAGCCGCUUUUUAAAAAAAAAAAAAUGUUUUAAUUUUUUUAAAGACACAUUAAACCCCCUAAAUUCAAAUGUACAGACGUAUUUAAAUAAAUGCCAUCGCUGUCGAGAGGAGGGAACGCUGACUCACUGGUUGCUGCUGCACUCCAUCGUCUCACCAUGUUACAGGAGAUAUGGGAUAUGAUGUAACACCUGCUGUAAUCACAUUAAACUGGCAGCCAAUUGAAAUGCAUCUACUGGUUGGAGUGUGUUUUUAAAAAAAAAAAGUUUUUUCACUAUUGCUGGAAAAUAUUUCUGUAUUUAAUUGUCGCUCCCUCGUUGAAAUGAAAAUAAAUGGUCUCUGAAGGUCGUGGAAAAACAACACAACUGGUAGCCGUGGCGCCCGCGGCGUCGUGAUUUUUUAUUUAUUUUUUUCCGAAGCGGGGUUGACUCGACUGAUCCGGGAUCGGGCCGCGACGUGUCCGGCGAAGCGCGCCACGAGGCCGGAGGGCUUUGAACUUCCUCUUCCCCCUUUCUUCAGGGAUUGUUUAGCGCCGGUAAACACGGCUAGUUCAGCCAGCUGUCUGCUCGCUCUCCUCCCUUUUUAAAAAAAAAAAAAAGUAUAUUUCAUUUGAUUCAGAAAGUGUCUUUUUCUUUUUCUCCGCGUGUGUUUUAUUUCCUUCUUUCCUCCCCUGCUGCGUUCGCGUCGCACACUGCGCGUUAAUCUCUCGUUUGGCUUCCAUUCUCUGGUUUUUAUUCCCCCCUUCGCUCGUAUAAAUAGACCCAAACGCUGUCCAACGUUUGCCCUCUUUUCUUUAUUUAUUAUUUAUUUUAUAUACUUUGAGUAGGGGUUUAUCGCUCCCAUGAGACUCCAGAGGAAACCCGGGGGGAAAGCGAUUUAAAUUAAUUAUCUGCACAGCGGCGUACAAAUAGCUCGGAGGUAGACAGACUUCUGCUUUUUUUAUUUUAUUUUUAGCGACAUUUCUCCGCCCCCCCCCCAAAAAAAAAAUACUGCAUGAAUUUGAUUGAAUUACAGGUCUUGGAAGAGUUUGGACUAAACUUUGAAGUCACGAUAGACUCCGUUUGAGACUCGAUGUGUAAAGAAUCGCCCUGAAGACUUCAGACUUGUUCUGACCGAGUCUCGACUCGCGUCUUUUUCUUCGUAGCAUUUAUUCCUGCUCAUCCCCGAACUGAAGGCAGCAGCUCCCACGAUGUUCAUGUUUUACGUGUCAUGUCUAACGACGUUACGUUCACUAAAGACGUCUCAUCUCUCACGCGGUUUGUUUCAGCCUUUUUUUUUUCCCGACAGACGAGAAUCUUUUUUUUUUCUUUUUUCUCUCUCUGCAUUUUGUUUAUAAAACUGGAUAAUACUUUUUAAUCUCUUGGGAUCAACCCGCACAAGUGGCGGGACAGAAUGUUCCUCAGCGCCCGCGAGAGCUUAAGCGAGGACGCCGGGAGCCGGACGCUGUAAUACUUAAAAAAAAGGUCGCAAAGAAAACAAACAGAAAUCAGAAUUCAUCUUUUUUUUUUUUGUUAAUCGUCAAGGAACUGUGAGACGGUGCAGGCCGGCAGCUGUUGGCCCUCUUUGCUCUCGCCGGUCUGCGCAGCUGCGUACGCCGCCGAAAAACAAGCGGCGGCGUACGCAGGCGAGCGGCCGGAAGUCGUCGUGCAGACUAGAGGACGUCCCCACAAAAAAACCUUGCAACUGACCAGGCUGUCAACGCGCGCGCGUGUGUGUACACACACACUGGCUGGUUCUGUUCGCCACGAGACAAACACACCAGGUGUCGAGUGGAGGAGUCGGCAGGCAAAUCGACGGCUCUAUAAAACGGGCGAUUUAAAGGUGUUUUUUCUAAAGAAAGUGCGAUUUUCGCCGACUUUGAGAGAUCCCUGAGCGGGAAUGAACCCCAAACACUAUGAUGUGCGUUAGCGUUAGCGUUGGACAGAUGCUCACAUGAGGCUCCUGUUCUUUCACUGGUUUUCCUUAAAGCCGUUUCACAUCUUCGGGAAUAAAACUUCUCCACCCGGACUGCCGGCGGUUGCGGUGAAGUGAAAACAACUGGAGCCAGACAGAUGUGGACGUUUACACGUUUUACGUCUGCAGGCCGCGCUGUUUACGCCGCAAAACCACAACACAUAAACAAUCGAGUCGAGAGUGAGAUUGAACCAUUUCACCUUUUUCCAUUCAGUCUCUUUAUCGUUAAUAUCAAAUCAAGCGAUGUGAUGAUCUGUGGGGAAAUAAAAUACAAAACACGAGCAGGAAUAUGUUCUUUCUUUCUCUUGCCUCUAACGACUCAUCUGGGGGAGAGACACAUGUUUGUUUGUUUGUUUGUUUGUUGUGCAGCUCUCUGCAUGUGGUGCUGAUGCUGAGCGGGCUCCCUGAGCCAGAAAAGAAGAGGAAAAAAAAAAAGCCGAUCUGGAGGCUGAAGACCAAUCAGUGCGCCAUCCACCAUCCUCUCUCUCCCUCUCUCCCUCUCUCCCUCUCUCCCUCUCUCCCUCUCUCUCUCUCUCUCUCUCUCUCCCUCUCUCUCCCUCUCUCUCUCUCCCUCUCUCCCCCCUGCAAAGCACCCGCCGCCGCACUUGUCCGCUCGCAGUCUCCCUCGGCGGACUCUUCCUCUCCCUCUUCCUCUUCCUCCUCGCCUCCUCCACAGGAAGAUGGUGCCGUGCCCCGCGCGUCCCGCUCGCUCACCGAAGGCGUCGCUCGCCGGCUCGCUGCGGGGCUUUUGAACUCACCAUGCCGGGUUACGCGAGGUUCCUGUUCGUGCUGCUGUGCCUCGUCCUGCUCGCGGAGUGCAGGAGACACAAGAGCAGGAGGAAGCGGUGGUCCGGGCCGACGGAGACGCACAAGCCCGGCACCCCUCUGUCCAAGAAGGUCGCGGAUGGAACCAAAUCCAAAAAGGUGAAGACCAGCCACCUCCUGCGCAUCGACGACCACGACUUCACCAUGAGGCCGGCCUUCGCAGGUCCAGCUGUGCCCGUCGGAGUGGAUGUUCAGGUGGAGAGCUUGGACAGCAUAUCGGAGGUCGACAUGGACUUCACCAUGACCCUGUAUCUGAGGCACUACUGGAAGGAUGAGAGGCUGGCCUUCCCGAGCACCACCAACAAGAGCAUGACCUUCGACGGGCGCCUGGUGAAGAAGAUCUGGGUGCCCGACGUGUUCUUCGUCCACUCCAAGAGGUCCUUCAUCCACGACACCACCACCGACAACAUCAUGCUGCGGGUGUUCCCCGACGGCCACGUCCUGUACAGCCUGAGGGUUACAGUUACAGCUGCGUGCAACAUGGAUUUCAGUCGCUUCCCUUUGGACUCGCAGACGUGCACGCUGGAGCUGGAGAGUUAUGCGUACACGGACGAAGACCUGAUGCUGUACUGGAAAAGCGGCGACGAGUCCCUGAGCACCGACGACAGGAUUUCUCUGUCUCAGUUCCUCAUCCAGAAGUUCCACACCAGCUCCCGGCUGGCUUUCUACAGCAGCACAGGCUGGUACAACCGUCUGUACAUCAACUUCACCCUCCGGCGUCACAUCUUCUUUUUCCUGCUGCAGACCUACUUCCCCGCCACUCUGAUGGUCAUGCUGUCCUGGGUGUCCUUCUGGAUCGACCGCAGGGCCGUCCCCGCCCGGGUCUCAUUAGGCAUUACCACGGUGCUCACCAUGUCCACCAUCAUCACCGGCGUCAACGCCUCCAUGCCCAGGGUGUCCUACAUCAAAGCCGUGGACAUUUACCUCUGGGUCAGUUUCGUCUUCGUCUUCCUCUCCGUGCUCGAGUACGCCGCCGUCAACUACCUGACGACGGUGAGGGACGGGAAAGACCGCAAGCUCCGGGAAAAAGCCAGGCAACAGUCGCAGUCCCAGACGCUCCCCUGCUCCUGCGGCAUGUCCCACGCCAGGACCAUGAUGCUGGACGGCACGUACAGCGAGGCGGACGCCAACAGCCUGGCGGGGUACACUCGGGCCUCCGUGGGGGCCGAGGAUUCGUCGGAGAAACAGGAGCGGAUGGUGGUGCACCUCUCCAUGGACAACGAGCCCGCGGGGACCAAGAAGAAGGGCCUCCGCGGCUUCCGCAUCAUCCAGAACACCCACGCCAUCGACACCUACUCUCGCAUGAUCUUCCCCGGCGCCUACAUCCUGUUCAACCUGGUGUACUGGUGUGUGUACUGCUGAGCCGUGUGCGUUGGAGACCAAAAAAAAAAAAAAAA